AACCCAAAUUUUGCAUCAGUAUUUGUGUAGGUAAAACAAACCAAAUGAAAGUAGAGAACACAAAGUAAAGAGAACAGCGCAUUACUGCUUGAUCUUCAGUUGGUUGAUUAAGAUUCUUCACACACUGUAAAUCGUCUACAAUGGAAAGACUGAUUCAUGUUCUGCUGAUCUUAGCAGGACUCCACAGUCCGUUUACCCACAGCAUCCCGCGUGGGUACCUUCUCAUCCAGGAGCAGAAGACCUGGUACGAGGCGCAAGCUUACUGCAGAGAGAAUCACAUUGAUCUGGCCACUGUUGAAAGCAGUGAAGACCAGGCAGAACUACUAGCAAUUGAUCCAGCAUUGACUUCAGCACCCUGGAUUGGACUCUACAAUGACAUCAAUAGCUGGCGGUGGUCUAAUAAAGACGAGAGCAUUACAUAUGAGAACUGGCUUCCGGGUGAACCGAACAACUAUGAUGGAAAAGAGACAUGUGGGUUUAUGGAAGCUGGCACUUGGCAGGAUGUCUAUUGUUAUAUAGGAAAUUAUGUGUUUUUUUGUUACAAUGAGGACCAAAUCGGACCAAACCGGUUUGUUCUUAUCAGUGAUGUCUGGAGGAACUGGUAUGAUGCUCAGAGUUACUGCCGACAGCAUCACACAGACCUGGCCACCAUUCAGAAUUCAACUGAGAACAACCUGCUGAAGCAAAUGAUGGGAAGUUAUGGGAGAGCGUGGAUUGGUCUGUACCGAGACUGGUGGAAGUGGUCAGAUGGGACAAAUGUCAACAACUACCCCAUUCCCUGGAGGAGUGGAGAACCUAACUUAGUUGGGUUGAACCCAUCUUGUGGAGUUGAACGUCCUGGUGCUGUGAUAACUGAUGAGAUCUGCUCAGACACCUUUCCUUUUAUCUGCAUGCACUUUUCUAGGAAACAGAUUUUGAGAGUGGAAGUGAAAUCUGGUCAAAAUCUAAAUAAUCCUGCAGUGAUGGAGACCAUCAUACAGUGGAUGACGCAGAAACUGAAGGAUUAUGGGAUAGAGAAGGACACAAAACUGACGUGGAAAGUUCAGUCGGAUGGAAAUGUUUUUACACCAAAAGUUGAGCGUGAAAAUGUUCAGCAACGCUGCUUAAGCUUUUAUUUUUAGUGUUUCACAGUUAGUAUCUGUGAUCUGCAAGAAACUUUCUCCUCUUUAAUAAUUAGAUGUUAUUGAUUG